CCAAGAUUUUUGAGUAAAUUAUAAUUGCACUAACUUUAGCGAAAAGUGUCCCAGAAAGAGUAGCGGGUUUCUUUUUUUCUAAAAUCAAUGGCUUCUACUUCCAAAAAACAAAUUAAGAAAAAAGGUGUACCAAAAGUGGAACUAACUGCUGAACAAAAAAAUGAUAUAAAAGAAGCAUUUGAUUUAUUUGAUCCUGAUGGUACUGGAAGGAUUGCUACUAAGGAACUUAAGGUGGCCAUUCGAGCCCUUGGAUUUGAACCUAAAAAAGAGGAAGUGAAAAAACUCAUAGCUGAUGUUGAUCCAGAUGGUUUAGGCACCUUAUCAUUUGAAGAAUUUUUAAAUUUAAUGUCUACAAAAAUGCUAGAAAAGGAUACAAAAGAAGAAGUUUUAAAAGCAUUUCGCCUUUUUGAUGAUGAUAAUACAGGAAAAAUAACUUUUAAAAAUUUAAAGAGAGUGGCCAGAGAAUUAGGUGAAAAUCUUACAGAUGAAGAAUUACAAGAAAUGAUAGAUGAAGCAGAUAAGGAUGGUGAUGGAGAAAUUUCUCAAGAGGAGUUUAUACGUAUUAUGAAAAAAACUAGUUUAUAUUAAAUUUCCAUGGCUUGUAUAUAAAGUAUUCAUUAUUGAUCGUUUCUUCAUAAGUUAUCCAUGUAAUUUGAACAGAGAUUUUGAAAAUAUCAAUUAUUUGCUAUCAAAACAUUCUCUGUUCUGAUGAACAAGUUAUAAUUUUGUUUAAAUUAUUCUUUACAUCUUAUACAUACUAUAAAACAUAAGCAUAAGUUAAUGGGAAGAAUUUU